AUGUCUACGAAGAAGGUUGUGGUUAUAGGCGCAGGUGUCGCUGGGUUGACGACCGCUCUGUUGCUGUCAAAAAAGCCCGGUUAUAAGAUUGUGGUCGCCGCAAAGCAUAUGCCCGGGGACUACGACAUCGAAUACGCGUCUCCAUGGGCCGGUGCAAAUUACAUGCCGGUUUCUAUCGGCGGAACAGAGGCUGCAAAAUGGGACAAGGACACUUGGUAUCCCCUAGCGGACCUAGCGAAGAACCAUCCUGAGGCAGGGGUGCAUUUCCAAGAGUGUGAGAUUCACAGCCGGGCUAAAGACAAGGGCUCAGCGACUGCCAAUUGGUUUGCGGAACUUCUGUCGCCUAAUCCUUGGUUCUCCAAAGUCGUCCCCAACUUGUUGGUAAAAGUUCAGGUUGCUCCCAAAGUCGUCCCUGCACCCCGACAUGGACUCGGCCACGGCUUUCACUUCAUAUCUCAGUGUCUGGGAAAUGGAGUCAUCUUCAAACGCGCAGUGUACAAUCAUAUUCUGGAUGCUGCUGCUGAUUGCAGCGUCCAGCUCGGAGGAAAAGCUGACCUCAUCGUCAAUUGCACCGGGCUGAUGGCCUCCAAACUGGGCGGCGUGGAGGACAAGUCAGUGUACCCUGCACGUGGUCAAAUUGUAAUUGUUCGCAAUGAUGCAGGAGGGAAAAUGCUUGACGUGUCUGGGACAGACGACGGUGACGACGAAGCGUGUUAUGUGAUGACUAGAGCAGCUGGUGGAGGAACCAUCCUCGGCGGAUCUUACCAGGUAAACAAUUGGGAGUCUCAGCCCGAUCCAAACCUUGCCAUACGGAUCAUGAAACGUGCCGUUAGAAUGUGUCCGCAAUUGACUAAUGGGAAAGGAAUUGGGAGUUUGGAUAUUAUCAGGCACGCGGUUGGCCUGAGACCUGUUAGGCAGGGCGGCACUCGCAUUGAGAAAGAACGCAUUGGUGGUCUUUGGGUCGUUCAUAAUUACGGAGCUGGCGGUGCGGGCUACCAGUCGUCGUAUGGUUGUGCCCAAGCUGCAGUUGAUUUGGUUGAGGAGGCUUGUGGUACUCGCUCCAUGCUAUGA